AUGUAUACAAAAGUGGAGAACAGGGCCGUAUUGAUUUUGGGCAUGUUGGUCUUUCUGGCAGCCGAGCCGAUGGUCGGAGCCAUCAGCUGCAGUGACGCCAUAACGAAGCUAAUGCCGUGCCAGCCGUUUCUGCUGGACGUAGGCAGCAGUGUGAGUGUCCCGUGCUGCGAGGGAGCCCAGUCAUUGAGCCAGCUGGUCGGCUCCAAGCCGGAGGAGCUGAAAGCCGCGUGCAAAUGCCUGAAACAGGCGGCUGCAGCCAUGGGAGUCGAUGUGGCAAGAGCCAAACAGAUUCCCGAUCUAUGCAGCGUAGCCGUCCCAGUGCCCAUCGAUCCUAACGUCGAUUGUGACAGGUUAAAAUAA